CCCCCGCGCGGGGCGAUGACGUCGCGCCCGUGGCGGUCGCGGAGAAACCGAGCGGGAGGGGAGCGGUUGUGGGGGGGAAUGGAUCGGCUCCGCGGCGCUCUGUUCAGGCGCCGGCGGUCAGCGGCGGCCCAAACCGUGAGGCUCCGGGAGAGGAAGUCUCGGCUCUACAGCAAAGAGCGCUCCAGCGCUGAGCAGAGCACAGGUUGGAUGGGUGCGAACGCUUAUUUCGUUGUGUUCACGGUGGCUUUCAGGACACUGAACUGCAUGUUGGUCCAGACCAGCUUUGUCCCCGAUGAAUACUGGCAGUCACUUGAAGUCGCACACACUAUGGUCUUCGAUUAUGGUUACUUAACCUGGGAAUGGAAGGAGAGGCUGCGAGGCUAUACCUAUCCAUUGUUCUUUGCAAGUUUUUAUAAAUUAUUACAGAUUUUCAAGAAGGACUCUGUUCAACUGCUGAUCUGGGUUCCUCGACUAGUUCAAUCGUUUCUGGCAGCACUGGCAGAUGUGAAACUGUAUUCUAUCAUUAAAAAGCGGGAGAAUGCUGAGAUUGCAAAGUGGGUGUAUUUCUGUCAACUAUGCUCCUGGUUCACAUGGUACUGCUGCACCCGGACUAUUACGAACAGUAUGGAAGCUGUUUUGACCAGCUUUAUCCUGUAUUACUGUCCUUUUCCUGGUACAAAGGCAGUCACCAGUUUCAAAUACCUGGCGUUGAUUGCAUUUGCAGUGGUCAUUCGUCCGACUGCUAUCAUCCUUUGGCUACCUUUGCUGUUUUAUCACUACUGGCAGGAACUGAAAAAAAUGGAUCUAAUUCUAUACAAGUGCCUACCAGUCGGAUGCUUGACACUUGUGAUUUCUCUGAUCAUUGACCGAAUAUUUUAUGGCGAGUGGGUUGUGGUUCAAUGGAACUUCCUCAGAUUUAACGUGAUCCAGAAUAUGGGGUCAUUUUAUGGCUCGCAUCCAUGGCAUUGGUACUUCGGCCAAGGCUUUCCUGUCAUCAUGGGAGCACAUUUGCCCUUUUUCAUCCAUGGAUGUCUGUUGGCUCCAAGAAAGUACCGGGUUUUAUUAAUAGUUGUGAUAUGGACACUUGUGGUGUAUAGUUUCUUAAGCCACAAGGAAUUCAGAUUUAUUUAUCCAGUAAUGCCACUCUGCAUGGUUUUCUGUGGGUUUUCUUUGGCGAGCUUGAAAGCAUGGAAGAAAGCAGCAGUCUCUUUCCUGUUUUUCUCCAACAUUAGCCUAGGACUGUACACUAGUUUAGUACACCAACGUGGAAGCCUGGAUGUCAUGCAGCAUAUUCGACAGCUUUGUGAGGACUUGCCCAAGGAAAUUGAACCAUCUGUGUUCUUCCUGAUGCCUUGCCAUUCAACGCCAUUUUACAGCCAUGUUCAUUGUCCAAUCAAAAUGCACUUUCUGGAAUGUCCCCCAGACUUGACUGGAAAUGGCAGCUACGUUGAUGAGGCAGAUUUAUUCUUCAGAGAGCCACUAAAAUGGUUGAAUGGAAGGUUUCCUGGUUCCAGCUCCCUACCCACUCAUUUAGUAUUUUAUGAUGUAUUGGAACAGAAAAUAGAACCAUUCCUGAUAAGCAGAAGCUAUGUGAAAAGUGCAGUCUUCUUUCAUACUCAUGUACCUGGAGGGCGAACUGGACGUAACAUUCACGUAUAUGAAAGAAAACUCUGAUGGGUGACUUUUUUAAACAAGUUGACUUAAAUUUAUGUGUAUAUCUGGCUGAUUUAUAAAUGUGUACUUUUUUAAAAUUCUGUUGUGUCUGUCUUUGUACUUUCAUAUUGAUACAAAGGAAUGUAUACACAGUUCUUCAACUUUAAAUAUAAGUAUUGCAGCAUUUAAUAGACUAACCACACCACUGAUGAUCAGCAAAGGCUUUGAACUGGAGAAUAAUCUAUUGCAUUUUUGGGAGAUUGAUUUUUGAAAUAAAAAAAUAGUAGCUUUUUAAGAUGAAUAAA